ACUUGCCUUGUCAACAGCUGUGUGACUUCAUCGGGUUUUGUGUUGGCGUCCAUUACUGUAAGCCUACUCAGUACUCAGACAGCGCUUGACAAGAACUCUUACCAGAGGAGUAAAAGUUCAACAGCUGGUGGAGUUCAGUGCACAUGAGUGUGAAAAGGAAAACUAUGAGCACUUUUUUCUCUUAUUCAGUUGUAUAAAUCUGUGAAAUGGGUAUACUGUUUUCCAAGUUGUGGAGUUUAUUCGCAAAUGAAGAGCACAAGAUCAUCAUUGUUGGACUCGACAAUGCUGGAAAAACGACUAUUUUGUACCAGUUUUUGAUGAAUGAAGUUGUGCACACUUCCCCGACCAUUGGCAGCAAUGUUGAGGAGGUUGUAUGGAAGAACAUUCACUUCCUGAUGUGGGACAUUGGUGGCCAGGAGUCUCUCAGAGCGUCAUGGAAUACUUACUACACCAACUCAGAGUUCAUCAUCAUGGUGAUAGACAGCACAGACAGAGAGAGGUUGUCCAUCACCAAGGAAGAAUUGUACAAGAUGUUGGCACAUGAGGAUCUGCGCAAGGCAGCCGUACUGAUCUAUGCCAACAAGCAGGAUAUCAAAGGCUGUAUGUCACCAGCGAAAAUCUCGCAACAGCUUAACUUGACUGCUGUGAAAGAUCACGUGUGGCACAUACAAGCCUGCUGUGGCCUUACUGGCGAGGGGUUAUACCAAGGCUUGGAGUGGAUAACCUCUCAUAUACGUCGGCGGUGACAAUACUCUGACAAAUUUUGAUGUUCAUUUGAUUUUUGGUUCUUAUGGAAGUAUGCAUUGAAUAAUGUUAGGAACAAAUGUAUUUAGCUCGAGGACUAAAAGAUCAGAAUUGUUUUGCUUGAAAAUGAAUACUGUCAUGCACUCUUUAGUAAUGGUCGAGGACUUUGAUGGUGAUGGUAAACAAUGAAUUUUAUACCAUUUUUUUUUCUGGUCGGAGAAUGUUGGUGCCAUGUGUCAGUGAGCAGGUGAAUGUAGUGUGCGGGUGUAUGGCAGCAUUUUGAUGUUUCAAGGUGAGGCUUUUACUGUUGUACACAGCCGCAGAAGUCUCUUCUUGACACACAUGUAUGGUGUUUUUUGGCAUUUAUUCUCUUUCUUGGGAUGUUACACCUGAUUUGUUCAAAAUACAGAAGAAAGCACAGUUCAAAGUAGUUCUCAUUGCACCGUGUUUUGCCUUAAUGUGACAAAUUUCCAUGGAGACUGCGGAUUUUUUACCCCUCUGGCUACCUCAGGCUGUCUGUGAAUUGUUAGGAGUGGUCUUCAAUUUGUGGUUUCUAUGUAUCCAGAUAAUCAUUUUCAGUCGAAGGAUCUCCUGAACUUUGAUUUGUCUUACAUCCUUUCAAAAUAGAUAUAAAUCACUAAGAAAGGCUAUUGAUUUAUAGAUGUAUAUACUUGUAAAAUUGCCUUUUUUUUGGGCUUUUCCAUUAGUUAACCCUGCUGAUACUAAUGGGUACAUUGGUAGAGUUGCUAUAUAAAUUACAGACAGACCACAGUACGAAGAGACUGGUAACAGUGCAAAAAUCGAAAGGUGGAGUAGAUCGAUUUGGCACUGAGAAAGUUGUCAUGAGUAAAGAAGACUGGAAAUAUUAGAAAUUCUUUUUUUAGCAACCAUGGCAAGUUUAGCAAAAUUUCCAUGAAUGAAUUAGAACUCACAUGUUUUGUUUUGUGUAAAGGCUUAAGACGUACGGAAGCUCAGUGGCCCUGUCCUUUUAAAUCUAAGCUAAUGGAGGCAGCAGGGUUAAGAUCAUAUUAUGUCUACAUUUGAAAUUGUCUGUUCUCUGCAAAUAUAAUAAUAUUGCUACAGCAUGUUGGCUUUCCAAGGUGGGUUUUAGCUGCAUUUUCAAUAAUUUACAUCUUAUUUGGAAUGGUCAUGUGAUAUUUGAUAAUCUCAACUAUGUCCUGACUUUCCAUGUUAUGUUUGCCUCUAAGUAGUUUUUACGCCUUCCUUUCUGAUUCUGUCUACACCCUUAGAGACCAUCAAGCUUAAUUUGACCAGAGUCUGUGGUGUAAUUGUUUGGCUCUUUUCCACUUCAGG